GGACGGGAGAGGGGGGCUCCAGGGCGCUCCCGGCCUCGGCCUUUCCCUCCGGGGCCCCCUCCCUUCGCCGGAGGCCCCUCCCACUCGGCUCUCCCGGCUCCUGGCGUCACGGCCCGGGAGGCGGGAUCGGGGAAGGAGGGGCCCCGCCGCCUAGAGGGUGGAGGGAGGGCGCGCAGUCCCAGCCCAGAGCUUCAAAACAGCCCGGCGGCCUCGCCUUGCACCCCCAGCCAGUCCGUCGAUCCAGCAGCCAGCGCAGCCGCCAGCGCCGGCACAUCCCACUCUGGGCUUUAAACGUGACCCCUCACCUCGCCUCGUCCUGCCCUGUGAAAAUGUUGGUGCUUCUUGCUUUCAUCAUCGCCUUCCACAUCACCUCUGCAGCCUUGCUGUUCGUUGCCACCAUCGACAAUGCCUGGUGGGUAGGAGAUGAGUUUUUUGCAGAUGUCUGGAGAGUAUGUACCAACAACACGAAUUGUACAGUAAUCAAUGACAGCUUUCAAGAGUACUCCACGCUGCAGGCGGUCCAGGCCACCAUGAUCCUCUCCACCAUUCUCUGCUGCAUCGCCUUCUUCAUCUUCGUGCUCCAGCUCUUCCGCCUGAAACAGGGAGAGAGGUUUGUCCUAACCUCCAUCAUCCAGCUAAUGUCAUGUCUGUGUGUCAUGAUUGCGGCCUCCAUUUAUACAGACAGGCGGGAAGACAUUCACAAGAAAAACCUGCAGUUCUAUCCUGUGACCAGAGAAGGCAGCUACGGCUACUCCUACAUCCUGGCGUGGGUGGCCUUCGCCUGCACCUUUGUCAGCGGCAUGAUGUACCUGAUACUGAGGAAGCGCAAAUAGAGUUCCAGAGCUGGGUUGCUUUUGCUGCAGUACAGAAUCCACAUUCAGAUAACCAUUUUGUAUAUAAUCAUUAUUUUUUUGAGGUUUUUCUAGCAAACGUAUUGUUUCCUUUAAAAGCCAAAAAAAAAAAAAAAAAAAAAAGAAAAAAGAAAAAAAAAUCCAAAAGAGAGAAGAGUUUUUGCAUUCUUGAGAUCAGAGAAUAGACUAUGAAGGCUGGUAUUCAGAACUGCUGCCCACUCAAAAGUCUCAACAAGACACAAGCAAAAAUCCAGCAAUGCUCAAAUCCAAAAGCACUCGGCAGGACAUUUCUUAACCAUGGGGCUGUGAUGGGAGGAGACAAGAGGCUGGGAAAGCCAAGUCUCUGGGGAUGUGCUUCCUAUGGGUUUCAGCUGGCCCAAGCCCCUCCCGAGUCUCUGCUAGUAGUGGGUGGAAGAGGGUGAGGUGGGCUUUAGGGGAAGAAUGACAGCUUCCUGAGAGGUUUAGCCCAAGCUCCAAGUGAGAAGCAGGUGUAGUCCCUGGCAUUCUGCCUGUAUCCAAACCAGAGCCCAACCAACCCUCCGGUAUUGGGGUGGGUCAGAAAAAGUCUCACCUCAAUUUGCCGACAGUGUCACCUGCUUGCCUUAGGAAUGGUGAUCCUUUACCUGCGUGCCAGAUUUAGACUCACCUUUAGGCAAAACCUACAGCACCCCCCAUCACCCCAGACCUACAGAAUCAGAGUCUUCAAGGGAUGGGGCCAGGGAAUCUGCAUUUCUAACAUGCUCAAUGGGCAACGCUUCAGAUGCGUUGAAGUUGGGGACCACGGUGCCUGGGCCAGGUCAGCAGAGCUGCCUCAUAAAUGCUAGGAUGUUAUCAUGUGGAGAUGGGGAGGUGAAUGUAACCCCCACAGCAGGCCAAAACCUUGGCCUCCAUCGCCACAGCUGUCUACAUCUAGGGCCCCCAGACUCCAUUCCUGAGCCAUGUGAACUCAUAGACACCUUCAGGGUGUGGGGUACAGCCUCCUUCCCAUCUUAUCCCAGAAGGCCUCUCCCUUCUUGUCCAGCCCUUUAUGCUACACCUGGCUGGCCUCUCACCCCUAUUUCUAGAGCCUCAGAGGACCCAUCCACCAUUCAUUCAUUCAUUCAUUCGUCAACAUAAAUCAUGACUUGCAUGCGUGUGCCAGGCACAGGGGAUAUACCCUCUCGAGACAGUCUCCUCCUAGGGCUCAUGGCCUAGUGGAGGAGACAGAUUAAAACUUAAUUAGAAAAACUGGCUGAGUGCAGUGGCUCACACUUGUAAUCCCAGCACUUUGGGAGGCCGAGGCGGGUGGAUCACCUGAGGUCAGGAGUUCAAGACCAGCCGGUGCAUGCCUGUAAUCCCAGCUAUCAGGUGGCCGAGGCAGGAGAAUCACUUGAACUGGGAGGUGGAGGUUGCAGUGAGCCGAGACCGUGCCACUGCACUCCAGCCUGGGUGACAGAGCGAGACUCCAUCUCAAAAAAAGAAAAGAAACUAAUUACACACUGUGAUGGAGGCUGCAAAGAACACCACUAAGAAUUCAAAAUCAGCUGGGUGCGGUGGCUCAUGCCUGUAAUCCCAGCACUUUGGGAGGCCGAGGCAGGUGGAUCACAAGGUCAGGAGUUCAAGACCAGCCUGGCCAACAUGGUGAAACCCCGUAUCUACUAAAAAUACAACAAAAUUAGCCAGGCGUAGUGGCAGGUGCCUAUAAUCCCAGCUACUUGGGAGGCUGAGGCAAGGAGAAUUGCUUGAACCUGGGAGGCGGAGGUUGCAGUGAGCCGAGAUUCACCACUGCGCUCCAGCCCAGGCAACAGUCUGAGACUCCGUCUCAAAAAUAAAAUAAUUCAAAAUCGAGGCCUGUGGCAUGGGAGGGAGCCUGCUUUACAUGUGCCUAUUUUUAAAUGCUCCUGGAGGCAUUUAGGCAUUUAGAUUAGUCUAAAUAUAGCUUCAUUCAGUUCGUGCAGAUGACAUUUAUUGGGCAGUACCUGUCUGUGUAACACCCAGAAAACAUGUCUGUGGAGGGGCCCAUGGUCCCGACAGUAAAUGUGGUGAGAGGGUCCCAUAUAGCCGGAGUUUUCAAGCUUUAGGGGUUCCCGUGCCGCUUGGGACGGGCUGAUUCAGCGGGUCUGGGUGAAUGAUUUCCAGGUGAUUUUAAGACUGUGCUGAGAAAUAGGGCUUUUGGGGCCUUGUCCUUCAGGAUCAAAGCAUGAUGUGCUGUGUGGCAAUGCAGGCCACCCAGGAACCAUCCCAGGAGAUAAGCUCUUUGCACCUCAUUGUCUUUGUCUGCUUAUGUUGGAGCAGGAUGCUGGGGGCUGUCCUGGGAUGGGGUGUGGGACCUUGUGCUAUUUAAAUACUUUUGCACUUGACCUUCUGCUGAGUGGAGUGAUGGUUUGCCAUCAGCUCAGUUCCAGUGGAGCUGAAGAGACAUCUGGUUUGAGUAGUUUUAGGGCCACCGUGGACAUCUCUUCAAUGCAGGACUGGCUCUUUCCAUCUACUCUUUCAUUCAUGUGUCUUUGACAGACAGUAUUAAAUGUUUACCAUGUUCCAGGCAUGUGUGAGGCUCAGAAAAUACAGGAGUGAGCAAAUCCAGAUAUCCUCCCUGCCCUCAUGAAAUUUGGAGUCUAUGAGAUAGGACCCCCUCCCUAUGGAGAAGCCACCAACGCAGUACAGGGUGACCGGGGGCCAGAGACAGGACAAAUGUCACCUCCUGCCUCCAUGAGAUACUGUCACUAGUUGUAUUGUGGGCAAGAAUGUGGUUUACACCCCUAGGGUUAACAGGAUGCUACCCAAGCUCAUGGAGGAAGUUGAAUCUUAAGUUCCCUUGAAACUUUCUACCUUGGUGGCUUUUCUAUUAUUUUCUUUCUUUUUUUUUUUUUUUGAGACUGACUUUUGCUCUUGUUGCCCAGGCUGGAGUGCAGUGGCACCAUCUUGACUCACCACAACCUCUGCCUCCGGGGUUCAAGUGAUUCUCCUGCCUCAGCCUCCCGAGUAGCUGGGAUUACAGGCAUGCGCCACCACACCCAGCUAAUUUUUGUACUUUUAGUAGAGAUGGGGUUUCUCUAUGUUGGUCAGGCUGGUCUCGAACUCCCGACCUCAGGUGAUCCGCCCACCUCAGCCUUCCAAAGUGCUGGGAUUACAGGCAUGAGCCACUGCGCCCGGCCUUCUAUAAUUUUCUGGUAGUCACAAUGGAAACAAACAAAACACCUUAGAACCAGAGAUCGACCCCCUCAAGCAAUACAUCAAUUCCCUUCACAAGAAACGUCAGGGCUAUGUGAGUAUCUGUGUUGAAUGCAGUCUGAAAUGAUCCUGUGGAUUUUCCCGGCUGGUUGCCACUACUGUACAUUCAGUGCCCACAUCCACCUGUGCCAUUAAGCUUUUUUGAGACAUGAGAGAUGGCUCUUCCCUGCUGUAUGACAUGCAUUUGGGAAGUUGGAAAGAAAUGACAACAUCAGGGAGAAAACAUCCGAGCUUCUUACCUGUAGGUAGAAUUAGCCCUCACUUGGUGCUUAUUACCAGUUAUUCAAGAACAAUAACAACAACAAAAUUAGUCGACAUCCAAGAAGCAAAUAUUAGGACCAAAGAUAGCAUCAACUGUAUUUGAAGGAACUGUAGUUUGCGCAUUUUAUGACAUUUUUAUAAAGUACUGUAAUUCUUUCAUUGAGGGGCUAUGUAAUGGAGACAGACUAACUCAUUUUGUUAUUUGCAUUAAAAUUAUUUUGGGUCUCUGUUCAAAUGAGUUUGGAGAAUGCUUGACUUGUUGGUUGUGUGAAUGUGUAUACAUAUAUAUACCUGAAUACAGGAACAUUGGAGACCUCCUCACUCCCACACACUCUGCUAUAGUUUGCGUGCUUUUGUGCACACCCCCCAUGAACAGGCUGGCGCUCUAGGACUCUCUGUGUUCACUGAUGAUGAAGAAACCUAGAACUCCAAGCCUGUUUGUAAACACACUAAACACAGUGACCUAGAUAGAAGCUGUAUCAUAGUUUAAAAUCUGCCUUGUGGGAUGUUACUAAACUCGCUAAUAGUUUAAAGGUUAUUUACAAUAGAGCAAGUUGGACAAUUUUGUGGUGUUGGGGAAAUGUUAGGGCAAGGCCUAGAGGUUCAUUUUGAAUCUUGGUUUGUGAUUUUAGGGUAGUUAGAAACUUUCUACUUAAUGUACCUUUAAAAUAGUCCAUUUUCUAUGUUUUGUAUAAUCCGAAACUGUACAUGGAAAAUAAAGUUUAAAACCAGAUUGCCCAGAGCAAGACUCUAAUGUUCCCAACGGUGAUGACAUCUAGGGCAGAAUGCUGCCAUUUUGAGGGGCAGGGGGUCAGCUGAUUUCUCAUCAAGAUAAUAAUGUAUGGUUUUUACAGUAAGCAAUUGAUAAAUGGACAGUUUAUCACUGGACAAUCUCCCUCUGCUUCUUUAAUGGGGCCAGCUUUGCAGCCCUGCAGCCUGGGUAGUCGCACACAAUUCCAUGCAUCCAUGCUUGGGAGAAUGAUCUGCUAGUGCCAUUUUAAAUUAUUUUAUAUAGAUUUCUUGUAGAGACAGAGUCUCGCUAUGUUGCCUACGCUGGUCUAGAACUCCUGGCCUCAAGAAAUCCUCCUGCCUCGGCCUCCCAAAGUGCUGGGAUUGCAGGUGUGAGCCACUCACUGUGUCCGGCAUAAAGUAGAAUAUUCUUACAAGAAAUAAAUAUUUUGUAGUCAUGGAGAAGAAUGCUCCUAAAAU